CAAACCAGUCCACUGCAGUGAUAAUGUCCCUACGGUCGAGCCUCCUUGCUCCGGCCUCAGCUCUGGGUCUGUGUCGCUGUCUGCUGGCUGUCCUGGUGGUCCUGGGGCUGUCCAGCCGGGCAGAGGGCCAGCCAUGCCCGGCGCAGUGCUCCUGUUCCGGCUCUACUGUGGACUGUCACGGCCAGGGUCUCCGCAGCGUUCCCAGGAAUAUACCACGCAAUGCAGAGAGACUGGAUCUGAACGCUAAUAAUCUGACUAAAAUCACCAAGGCCGACUUCGCUGGACUGAGGAAUCUGCGUGUGCUUCAGUUGAUGGAGAAUAAGAUCAGUCUGAUAGAGAGAGGAGCCUUCCAGGACCUGAAGGAGCUCGAGAGACUGCGUCUGAACCGGAACAGUCUCCAGGUUUUUCCAGAGCUUUUGUUCCUGGGAACACUGAAACUCUACAGACUGUAAGUUACAUACUAUUAUAUUGUUCCCUCUGUCCCUCC